AUGCCAGAAACUCUCCACCUCUAUGCCACCUCCUCCUCCACCACCACUGCCGCCGCUGCCAUUCCCAAUUCCCCUUCCAUUUUCCGUCCCAAACACCUCCAUUUUCCCUCGCCUCCUCCCAAAAAUGAAAUCCCCCUCACAAUUUCCCCUCCCCCUUCCCCCCCAAUUCCCACCAAAUCCUCUCAAAUCCAAGAUAAGCUCCUCUACUUGGACUCCCUUGGCAUAGACUCCUUAUACUGCCUACACGCAAAUCCGUCUCUCCAUUCUACUUCCCUUUUGCAAGUGAAAUCCACUGUGGAAUUCCUUUUCUCCAUGGGCCUGACCACACUGAGUCUCCGCCGCAUUUUUCCCAUGUGCCCGGAAAUUUUAACUGUCCCUUUAUCUACUACAAUUAUUCCAGCCACAACUUUUCUUCUCCGGGAGGCCCACGUGGACGCCAUCGACCUCCGCCAAGUCAUCCGUCGCCGUCCCCGCCUUCUUAUAUGCUGCGUCGACCGACAACUCCGGCCCACGUUGUAUUUCCUCCAAGGUACAAUUGGCAUUGACGAUGUAAGCAAGUGUGCUCCACUCUUGUCCUGCUCAGUGGAAUCCAAGUUCAUCCCCCGGAUUGAGUACUUGCAGAAGCUGGGAUUUUCCUAUAAGGAUACCAUUACCAUGUUUCGGAGGUUCCCAUCAUUGUUUUGUUACAGUAUUAAGGAGAAUUUCGAGCCUAAAUUCGAUUACUUUGUAGUUGAAAUGGGACGAGAAUUGAAGGAAUUGGUAAUCUUUCCCCAAUACUUUUCGUUUAGCUUAGAGAAUAGGAUAAAGCCGAGGCACAGAAUGUGCGUCGAGAAGGGUGUGUGUUUAGCAUUGCCAACGAUGUUGAAAUCAUCGGAAGCUCGGUUCCGGGAUAGGCUGGAGGUGUGUUGUAGUUCUUCCAUGCCGGUGAGGACCUCUGCCUUGUGGUGUACAAAUGCAAAUAUUACUGGCGAUAAUGCUUCAUAG